AUGAAAGAGUUGCUUACCAAGAAGAGUACUUUGAAGGGUGGGCAAACACUAUUAAUGACCAAAGAGAGCAGUGCCCUCAUCCAAAAGGACUUGCCCAUAAAGAAGAAGGACCCAGGUAGUUUUCACAUCCCUUGUGCUAUAGAGGAAACAAUGAUUGAUAGAGAGUUUUAUGAUCUAGGAGCAAGCAUAAAUCUAAUGCCUCUAUCUCUUAUAAGGAAGCUGCAAAUCAAUGAGUUAAAAUCCACAAAUGUAACCCUUAAACUAGCUGACAAAACCUAUAAACAAGCACUAGGAGUGGUUGAAAAUGUACUGGUGAAAGUCGGGAGGUACUUUCUCCCUAUAGAUUUUGUUGUUCUGGAGAUGAAAGAAAGCUAUAUUCAUCCAAUCAUUCUGGGGAGACCAUUCUUGACCACAGCCAGAGCACUCAAAGAUGUUGAGCAAGGGGAGUUGAUAUUGAAAAUACAUGAUGAACAAUUCACCUUUUCAUGUCUUCAAGCCCUCACAUGA